UUCUGCCUGAGCUGACCAUGCCUGGGAGAGAGCUGCUGCUGCUGGCGGCAAUGGUGACUCUGGUUGCUGCCAGAGGGGCAGAGCUGAAUGAAGGGGGUGGCGUGAGAAAGCCAGUGUGUGAAGACCUGGUUUACCUGCAGGCCUGCCCCCUCCUGUACUUGCCCAUCUGUGGGACCGAUGGGAAUACCUAUGCCAAUGAAUGCCAACUCUGUGUGGAAAAAAUGAAAACCAGGCAAGACAUCCAAAUUUUGAAAGAUGGGGAGUGUCAAGAUACCUGAGCUUUCUGAUAGCUUAUCUGAACCUAAAACCAGGUGAUUAAUUGAUCCUGUGUGCUCUGUGCCGAUUGCAUACUUAAGCUAGCUAUGGUGAAUAAUAAAAUUACAUGC